AUGCUCAGGUUUCAGGGGACAAAUCUCUCACAUGAAAUUCUUUCAGGUUUGAGCCUGGGCCCCAGGACGCGAGGGCAGGCAGGGAUUCUCCCAAAGCCCAUCCUCUGGGUUAUACCAAGCCCUGUGAUUUCCUGGGGAAGCUCUGGGGCCAUAUGGUGUCAGGGGACCCUGGAAGCUCAGGAGUAUCACCUGAAUAAAGUUGGAAGCUCAAUACCCUGGGACAAACAGAAGCCACUGGAGUCUGGGAGCAAAGCCAAGUUCAACAUCCCACAAAUGACAGGUGACUAUGCAGGACAAUAUCGCUGUCGUUAUCACCACUCAGCUGGCUGGUCAAAUCUCAGUGAGCUCCUGGAACUUGUGGUGUCAGGGGCCUAUGAGAAACCUCACCUCUCAGCUCUACCCAGCCCUGUUGGGAGCUCAGGAGGGAAUGUGACCCUCCUGUGUGGCUCACAGCUGGGAUUUGGAAGGUUCAUUCUCACCGAGGAAGGAGAACACAAGCUCUCCUGGACCCUGGACUCACAGGAACUCACAAAUGGGCAGUUCCAGGCCCUUUUCCCUGUGGGACCCAUAACCCCUGGUCACAGGUGGACGUUCAGAUGCUAUGGCUACUUCAGAAACAAUCCUCUAAUGUGGUCACACCCUAGUUCCCCCCUGAAACUGGUGGGUUCAGGUGAGGAGCCCUCAUCCUGUGGCCACAGCUCCCCACCCACAGGGCUGGUCUUAACAACUGGCCUGGAAAUAUUCCUGAAGAUUCUGAAAGGGGUCGCGGUGGCCUUGGUCCUGCUGCUGUUCCUUCUCCUCUUCCUCCUUCUUCGACAUUGGCGCCAGGGCAAACAGAGAUUAUCAGAUGCUGCCCUGAAGGACACACAGCCUGAGGACAGGGCAGAGCUGCACAAUCAGGCUGCUUCAUCUGAAGACUCCCACAAUGUGAUCUAUGCACAGCUGCACAGCUUGCCCCUCAGAAGGGAGACGAGUGAACCUCCUCUGUCCCAGAAAGGGAGCCCUCCAGCUAAGUCCAGCACAUAUGCCACUCUGGCCAUCCGCUAG